CUCUAGCGGCCACUUUCAACAACUGCAGUUCGCGUCGCGUCUUUCCCUUUUUUUUUUUUAACUCCUGGCAUUUUAUAUUCCGUAGUUUCGUGUCGCGCGUGAUUGACAACCGAGAAAAUACCGUGUGCGCGUACGGUGUGUCAACAACAAGAAAAACGUAGUUGGAAAUAUACUUUGACAACAACAAUUCCAAGGGACAAGCAGCAGCAGCGCCAGCGAGUAUACGAAAGGCAGGACCUUCGCAACCAGUUAAAAGGAUCGAGAGACCUGACCAACGGGAUACAGGGUGCCAUGUGGAGUCCGACGCACUGCAGUGUAACGGUGCAGCGGGCGCGUGGACUGCUGACCAAGGGCAAGAAUGGCACCAACAACUGCUUCGUCACCAUUGCCCUGGGAAAGGAGAAGUACCAGACGUCCGUGAAGGACAAGGCCGAGACGAGCGUCAACUGGAACGAGGAGUGCGAACUGAAAAUCCCCGACCAGGGCAACCGCGCCGAGCUCACGCUGACCUGCCUGCACCGGAACAACCUGGGCAUCGAUGAGUUCCUCGGGCAGGCCUCGCUGCCGCUCAACGAGAUGGACGUGUACGACCGGCCGCGGGCCAAGUGGUUCAAGCUGGAGAGCAAGCCGGGCAAGGAGAAGAAGAACAAGGAGCGCGGCGAGCUGGAGGUGCGCAUCGCCUUCGUGGUCAAGUCCGGCUCGCUGACGGACCUCAGCAAGAAGGACAAGCACAAGUCUUCCAUUGGCCAGCUGGCCAGUUCCGUGGGCGGCAGUCUGCUGUCCAUCGGCAACGGCGAGAAGCGGCGCAGCAUCAAGAAGCUGGCCGGUUCGCUUAGCUCCAAGCUGCACAUCCGCAGCAAGAAGAAGCAGGAGGCGGGGGGCGGUGCCGACGACAGCAGCUCCUUCGGCGGCUCCUUUGCCAGCCUGGGCACGCCCAACAGCUCCACGGGGCGGGGCCAGAACGGCGGCAGUGGCCGGCGACGCGGUGGCCAGCGGGCGGGCGAGGCCGAUCCCGGCGUGAUCAGCGAGGACGAGGACGAGUUCGUCUUCGACAAUCUCUCGCACAAGAGCUCGGGCAGCUCGCUCAACAUCCAGCGCACCGGGUUGCAGCCGCCGCCGUCUGCAGGCGCGCCCAACUUUGCGCCACGCCACCCAUCGCCCCUGCUGAGCAAUGGAGUGGCACUCGGAGUGGCCGGGAACGGAAGCGGAAGCGGCAGCGGGAAAGGUAAGCCAGCGGUUUUGCCAGCAACGCUCGACGAGGAUGCGUCCAUCGAUGCGGAGAUGGAACAGCUUGAGCUCGAUUUCAGUGUCCGUGCCCAUGCCCGCGCUAAUGCUAAUGCCAAUGGUAAUGGUAAUGGUAAUGGCAAUGGCAGCGGUAGCGCCAGCACCCUGCCGCCUCCCUCGAAGCCACCUCGCAUACCGCUGUCGCAGGUGGACGAGCAGCCGGCUGCUGGGAACUUGGAGCAGGAUAAGCCAAAGGAGCAGCCACAUGACAAGGAUGAGUGGGCAUCAAAGUUGUAUGGCGGUGGCAAGUACCUGGAGAUCGGCAGCAGUGACUCCUUGAAGCGGCGCAGCUGGGAGGAUCGCGUUCCGCUGCCCGCCAGUGUGGAGGAGCCGCCGCCACUGCCGCCGCCAGCAGGGCCCACCACCAGCUCAUCCUCAUCUAGUUCCAGCUCGGACAGCGAUGACGACGAUGAUCGGCACCCACCGCAAAUGGCUCCACCACCAGUGCCAAUGUCAGUGCCCGUUCCUGCUUCUUUACCCGUUUCAGCCGCUGCUGCUGCUGCCACUGAGCCAGUGGUGGCCACCAUCUCCUCCUCGCUUUUCUCACCAGACGUAGAGCAACGCAACUUUGACACUUUCAAUGCCAGCUUCGCGAAGUACGAGCAGCGCAACAGCACCGCCAUCUUUGCCGAUGAGCCCGAGCUGCUGGAAGACUUGACCAUGGAACUGGAUAAGCUGGCUACCCAACCAAUGCCCACGCCCACGCCCACGCCCACAGCACGUCCCAAGCCACAGCCACGCGUAAUGGCGGACCUAAAAGCCGAGGAGGAGGCUGCGCGGCUGCAGCGCGCCGAGGAGGAUGCCCGUCUGGAGGCGGAGCUGCGCCUGAAUGAGGAGCGCCUGCGCCAGGAGGAGGCGGCCAUGCAGCGAGAGUUGGAGGAGGAGGAGGCGAGGGAGAGGGAGAGGGAGCGCCAGAAGCUGGACGAGCAGCAGCGACGCGAGGCCAAGCGCUGGGAGGAAGACCAGAGGCUGCUCAGCUUCGCCAAGCGGUCCACUUCCCUCGAGGAGGAGCAGUUGCCGGGGAUUGUGGCCAACCAAGUGGUGGAGGAGGUCGAAGCGGCAGAGCCGGAGCCGGAUCACAACUUCCUAACGCCCGAGCAGUCGCCCAAGGAGUUCCAGACCAAUGGCAGCGGCCGGGAGAAGCGGCUGGGCAAGUUCAAGUACGGCAACAAGCGAGAUAAAUACAACAACGACAAUGAGAGCAGCUCGCCCAGUCCCAAAUCCACGGAGCGCAUCAUAAUUGGCCACGAGAAGUCAGGAUCGCAUGCAGAGCGCCGCUCGGAGAUAUCCGCCCAGCUGGCCAAGAAAUACGAGGGCAAGUCCCGGGAGGAACUAAUGCUAAUUGCCAAUGGAAUGGAGAACGAGGCUCUGCUGCAGCGUCAGCGCGUCAAGGAGCUGGAGGAUUACCUGGACAACCUGCUGCUGCGCGUGAUGGAGACGCAUCCGAAGAUCCUGCAGAACCCCUAUUCGCGCACCACGUCCGCCAAGAGGUACGGCACCUGGUCGUUCUGGUCGCACCCACGGACCACGCGCACCCACUAACAAACUGCAUGCCCCUGACCGCCGUUAUAAAAAUUACAUCAAUAUGAAUGACUUUCUAAAGUAAGUGCCUACGCAUGUUUGCAAGUUGCAUUUAAGUAGACACUUAACCAACAAUCCCCAACAACAACAACAUCACCACCACCACCAACAACAACAACACCACAACCCCCAACAAGAGCAACAACUGUAGCAAGAACUGAGGCAACUCCUCCACCUCCGGCUGAAAAUAUAAAAAAAGAAGAGAAGAACCCACUGUGGCGGAAUUGGGAUCGAAUGGUUAAGCAGCCAAACUGGUCAACCGACCGUCGCCAAUCAGUUCAACUGUCCAAGAACAAGAAUAUCUGGAGGAGAUCGGCGGAGCCUCCGAGGAGCAGUUAUGUGUGAACGAACCAUCGUCGUAACCAACUAUCGAGAACACCACAAGUUGCCUUUGUCGCGAACAGCGAAAUUCAAGUGCUUUCUAAACCGUAAUACUGAGAAGCGGGAAACUAAAUGUACACGUAAAUCAUUUAGGCUUAAGGAGUCCUAAAUUUGAUGUUAAACUGAUAUUUCCAUAGCAUUCGUUGUUUUUCGUUUGCCUUCAACUAAACCGAACUAAAUUAAUUGUACUAUACUACUGCUACUGUUUAACAAUCGCAAGUUCGAUUGAUUGAAAUUAUCUAAAAGUAUUUUGUUUAUUUUUUUUUUAAUGUCAAAUUUAUUUGUAAUAUUUUGUGCAAAAAGUGUUUGAGAAGUUUUUGUAAAGGCCGCGAGGGAAGUGGCCUUAGUGGAUUAAGUUUUAAAUUAUUUAUGUUUAGCUGUUAAGCAAAAGGGGGGAAAAUGGGGCACAACCUGUGUCCCUUGCGAAAACACCACACACAGUUGAAAUAUGUUGAUACCACAAUGAUUUUACUUAUUGAUAUACACACAAACAGAAUAAAAACAUUUUUAACCUUA